GCGACGAAGCAGCGCCCAGAGCGUGGGGUAAGUGUGGCCAUUGGUGUAAUUGUGAGGCUGUCAUGGCAGCAUUUAAAGGCAUCUGGACCCGGUCCUUCUGGAAGUCUGUUUCAGCAGAAUUUUUGGCCAUGCUCAUUUUUGUCUUCCUCAGCCUUGGCUCUACAAUCAACUGGGGUGGAAUUGAAAAACCCCUGCCUUUGGACAUGGUCCUUAUUUCUCUGUGCUUUGGACUCAGCAUUGCAACAAUGGUCCAGUGCAUUGGCCACAUCAGUGGUGGCCAUAUUAAUCCUGCAGUGACGGUUGCAAUGGUUUGCACUCGGAAGAUCAGCCUUGCCAAGUCAGUCUUCUAUAUUGCAGCCCAAUGCCUGGGUGCCAUUGCAGGGGCAGGAAUCCUCUAUCUUGUCACACCGUCAAGUGUAAUUGGGGGACUGGGAGUUACCCAGAUACAUGCAGAACUUUCCACUGGACAUGGGCUCUUGGUAGAGCUGAUAAUUACCUUCCAGCUGGUUUUUACUAUUUUUGCCAGCUGUGAUUCUAAACGAAAUGAUGUCACCGGUUCUGUGGCAUUGGCAAUUGGACUAUCAGUUGCAAUAGGACACUUCUUUGCUAUCAAUUACACAGGGGCCAGCAUGAACCCUGCUAGGUCAUUUGGGCCUGCAGUUAUCAUGGGUAAAUGGAAAGAUCACUGGGUAUACUGGCUGGGACCAAUUAUAGGAGCUGUCCUGGCAGGUGCCCUUUAUCAAUAUGUCUAUUGCCCUGAUGAUGAGCUUCAACACAAAUUCAAAGAAGCAUUUACGAAAACAAGCCAGCAGUCCAAAGGAAAAUACAUUGAAGUAGAAGACCCCAAGAGCCAGGUGGAAACAGAUGAUCUGCUCCAGAAGCCUGGAAUGAUCCACUUUAUUGAUCUUGAAAGGGGUGAGGAUAAGAAAGGAAGAGAUCCUACCAAUGAGGUGCUAUCAUCUGUAUGACUAGCAAAAAGCACUGAAAGCAAAGAUCAGCCUGCUAGCAUAUCCACGGAUAGUUUUCCACCUAUAAAAGAGACAGACCUGUUGUGAAUUAGUCACUUAAGAUAACGUAACAUGUAGGUCAAUGUAAUUAGUUAAUUAGCUGUUUGAUCAGACCGUACUCCUAUUCUGUGAAAUGAUAGCAAUGUUCUAAAUUGAGGGAACUUCAUGGAUUAUGCCCAAUUCAUAAAUAUCCUUGUUGGUUUAUUGGUGUAAGGAGAAUCUGAAUUAAGUUUGAAAGAUACAUUGAUUUUAAUGCAAGCAGUUAUGAGACGGAAAGAGCCAUCUUUAACAGUCAGAUUGGCAGAUAAAAUGUAUCUGAACUUGCCUAUAGAAACAAGAAACAAUUAGAUUGUUCUUUUGACACUUAAUUGGCUGUUGUCAAUUCCAAUUAGAAUUUUAACCGUAAAGUCUUUGGCAGACUCAGUGGCAUGUAGGACGUGAAAAAGCCCUAUCAUUUGUCUCUCCCUCCCCAACCAAUAAAAUACUAACUCUUUCCUGUCUUUUCUCCACAAAAAGUCUUCCUCAUUAAUAACCUUGCAAUUAAAAAGUGUUUUGCAUCCCAAAUAAUGCUAAAAUAUACACCAAUUCCUUGUACUUCUAUGCAAAAGUUCUCGCAAGGUGUAGCUGUUCAUCACAUACUAUAUAGAAUGAUAGCAGC